AUGGGAGACAAGGUAGAUACAGCGAAGAAGCAACAACAACAACCUCAGUCUCACCUCCACCAACAGCAGCAACAACAGACACAGCAAAUUUCAUCUUCUCCUAAAGCCCCACGCGAGGAAGCUAUCACAGAAGUUAGGUCAAUCCACCACCAUCAACAAUUAUCACCAGUUGUGGUUGUAACUGGAGCACCCCCUUUCAUUUCCAGUCCUUUAUAUGUUUCCAGUGGUGCAAGUUCUUCACCCUAUGAGCCUCAGUUUGAAACACUGAACCCCAAGAGACCCAGAUACGGCGGACAAUGGAAGCAGCUUCUACCUUCCCCUCCUGCACAACAAAAACAGUCCCAAAUGGCCAUGCUUCCCACCACAGAAUCAAGCCCUUCACCAACCACGCACACUUCAUCAAAUCCACAACUACAACAACCCCAAACACAAACAGCUUCGUCAUCAGACACUUCCUCAUCUCCAACUCACUCUCUCCCAUUACUCUCAGGAGGUUCUGGUCAGGAAGGGAGCAAGCAAGAAGGGGAGCAAGUUCACCAGCAACUCAGAAAGGGGAAAUAUGUAAGCCCAGUUUGGAAGCCCAAUGAAAUGCUGUGGCUGGCAAGGGCUUGGAAGGAACAAUACCAAGGUGGAGGUGGUAGUGGAUCUGAAUCUUCUUCAAGGGUAGAACAACAACAGCAAGCUGAAUUGGGAAUCACAAGAGGUAAAACUAGGGCUGAUAAAGAUAAAGAAGUGGCUGAGUUUCUCAAGAAGCACGGGGUCAAUCGAGAUGCUAAAACUGCAGGUACUAAAUGGGAUAACAUGUUAGGUGAGUUCAGAAAAGUGUACGAAUGGGAAAGAGGGGGUGAAAGAGAACAAAUUGGGAAGAGUUAUUUCAGGCUUUCACCAUAUGAGAGAAAGUUACAUAGACUCCCGGCUUCUUUUGAUGAAGAUGUUUUUGAAGAACUUGCACAGUUCAUGGGGUCCAGAAUGAGAUCCUCUCAUGGCAGGGCUGGUUCAUCUUUUGUGUCAGGAGACGAAGCUAGAACAGCUCUUGCUGCUGCAAGAGCUCUUCCACCACCACCUCGACCCUUCAAAGAUGAUGAAACCCCUCUCUCAGCUAGGACGAAACAAUUGGCCAUAACAAGUGGGGUUGAACCUUUCUUUCAUGGCUCAAGAGGGGGUUUAUUAGGGUUAGACACACUCUUGGACGUUUCGGGUUCUUCUUCAUCAUCCAAAGAGCUCCGAAGAAUGGGAAAGAUAAGAAUGACAUGGGAGGAAUCUGUGAGUUUAUGGGCAGAAGAAGGUGAAAUACAUAGAGGGAGAGUGAAGCUUAAAUCUUCAAGCUUUCUAAACGCGGAUGAACUCUCCUGCUUUGAUGAUGCCAUGGUUCCUUGUCCCAUGGAAUAUUUCGAAGAUGGGCCUCUGAAAGGUUUUUCUGUUGACAGAUUCGUUUCGGGGCAGCAAGUCAAAGUUUUUGGCAGAAGAAAGUCUUCUCCAGCCUCAGAUUCUGCUGGUUUUGCUGAAAGAGUCCACCUUCCCUCCAAAGCGCUUCCUAUAAGAUCGAUCUCUUCAUUGGAUUUUCGAGACCCAACAGAAUACUACAUGGAAUGCCUCUUACGUGCGUCCCCACAAACCCUCCCAAGUCUCUUCGAGUUAAAGCGUCACCUUCAAGAGCCACCACCGGAAGACCUACGUUUCCCUCUCCGAAGAGACGUGUACGAGGAUCUUCCCCAAGGGAAGGAACUCUUCUUCAUAACAACACCUGAACCCUUGGACUGCAGAACCAUUAUGUACGACAUUGUGGGGCCCAUCAUACGCACCAACAACCCUAGCCUCUCCCUCGCCACGUCAACAAGCCGUGACUCCUUCAUCCCCCUCUGGGACGAGUGCAUCAACCGCGUCAUCCAAAAAUUCUGCCCUGAAGAAUUCACCCUAAUCCGAAAACCCACGUCACCACCACCAGAAUCUACGAGCCAAUCCAUGCUGCAAGAUCAAUGGCCCAACGUAACCGGUUUCGUGAACAAUUACUGUCUCUGGAGAGGUGAAGAAACGCACCAGUUGAAAGAGUCGCAACCCAAUCCAUCAACAACGUUAGUCGGGAAACUGCUCUGGACCUACAUGGAUCUUCCGUACAUACUCGGGUACUAUGCGGUGGCGAACACGGUGACGUUUUGCGCUCUGAGUAGGUCGCAGGAGGGAAUAAUCAACCGCACCGAUUUACACGAAGUGAACUUAACUACCCCAAUGGAGAAGUUGAAAGCUUUGGUUCCGUGUUUCAGAAUAGGGUUGCUGUUACCGCUGUUGAGUAAGCGUUGCGCGAGUAUAAGCAACUGCAAGGGGUUUACGUACAGUGAUUUCGAGAGGGUUUGCUACGGUAACGGAGUGGUGACGGAGGUGACGCCGAGCACGUGCACGAGGGUGUUUAUGGAGAAGCGGAAGUGGAUGGCGGUGAAAGAGGUUUACGAGAUUCUGGACCAUAGGAUUCCGCAUGCAGAGGUUUUGGUGAGUUUUUCAGAGAGGGAACUGGGGUUGUCGUUUAAGCCAAGAGGGUGUCGUGUGAAGCCAGGGAACUGCGAGGAGUUGGUGGAGGCGUUGAAGUUCGUGACGAAGGCGAUGGUGGCUUUACACGACUUGUCGUUUAUGCAUAGGGAUUUGAAGUGGGAGAAGGUGAUGCGGCGAAUGGAUCGGGAGGAGUGGUUCGUGUGUGGGUUCGACGAGGCGGCGGGGGCGCCGGAGCUGAAGGGACACGUGGCGGGGGCGCGUGGGGCGCACGCGCCGGAGAUGGAGCGGGGUUUGCAUGGGGUGAAGGUUGAUGUGUGGGGAGUGGGGAAUUUGAUUAGGACGUGUGGAUUGGGAGGGGUGCCGAAGAUGCUGAGGGACUUGCAGAAUCGGUGCAUGGAGCAGAACCCGGAGCAGAGGCCCACGGCGGCGGACUGCUACCACCACCUGCUGCAGCUGCAGUCGUCCCUGUCAGCCGCCGCCGGGGGAGUCAUGAUGAUGUGA